GAGGACGCGUACCACCUCAAGACGCUCAUGCUGUCGGACGACGCGGGUCUGCAAAAGUGCGCGCUCGAAACGAUCCACACGAUGCAGGAAGCUUGGGAGGUCGAGAGCGAGGGCGGCUGUCUCAUCACGUCGGCCUUCUCGCCCGUCGAAUCGCCCGACGUCGACGACGAAUGCCAGGUGGAAGCGAACAACGCGCCACGCUACGACGAGCGUGAGUGCUUGGACGUCAUGUGCUCACUGCUGUCGGCGGCGGGCGUGCGAAGGCUUCUGCUGGAGCAUGGCGUCGACGUUCCGGACCAGGCAUCGUUUACCCACCGCGACCUGCACGGCCUCGCGCUCACGUAUUUGGCCGACGAGCCGCUGUAG